AGCCUCUUGUCUUGGGGCUCCAGGCCGGAAGCCUCCCCAACCCGGUCCCGGGCAGGGGAAGGGGCGGGACACAGGCAGCAGCAGCUCUGAAGAUGCACGCGGGGCUCCUGGGGUUCUCUGCCCUGCUGCAGGCGGCCGAGCAAAGCGCGCGUCUCUGCUCCAUAGUUUACUACUUUGCCACAGGCCGUCUCCUCUGGGGGUGGCUGGCCCUUUCUGUCCUCCUGCCCGGCUUCUUGGUCCAGGCCCUGAGCUUUCUGUGGUUCCAAGCGGAUGGGCAUCAGGGUCACUGGUGGCUGGCAGUACUGCAUCUUCUGCAGCUUGGCGUCUGGAAGCGGCACUGGGACUCUGUGGCAACGGCUCUGUGGAAGGAAAAAGAGACUCCCUGCUGGGAACAGCUGCCCCUACAGGAGGCUGACCUGUCAGCCCUGCGGCUCCUGGAGGCUCUGCUGCAGACAGGGCCCUACCUGCUGCUUCAGGUGUAUGUGUUCCUAGCCUCUGACUUCACAGACGUUGUGCCAGGAAUCAGCGCCCUAGUCUCCUGGUCUUCACUAUCCUGGGCUCUUGUGUCAUACAACCGUUUCCUGGGCAUCAUGAAGUCUGGUCACCGUACCAUGCUAUGGGCUGCUCUCUUGUGUCAGCAGCUCUGGAGGAUGGGCAUGCUGGGUGCUCGUGUGCUAAGCCUGGUUCUGUUCUGCAGAGUUUACCGUGUCUGGGUUUUGGUGGUCGGAGGUGCUCACUGGCUAGUGAUGACCUUCUGGCUCGUAGCCCAGCAGAGCGACAUCGUCGAGAGCACCUGCCAUUGGAGGCUGUUCAAUCUGCUGGUGGGGGCCGUAUUCAUCCUCUGCUACAUCAAUUUCUGGGACAGCCCUUCCAGAAGCAGGAUGGCCAGCUUCUACUUGGUCAUGCUGCUAGAGAACGCCAUACUCUUACUACUGGCCACUGACUUUCUGCAGGGAACACCAAGGACCAGCCUGUGGACUGUGGUGGUGGUCUUGUCUGGAUUUCUGAUUGGGUGUGCAUCGCUGGUUAUUUAUUACAGCCUACUGCACCCUAAAUCCUCAGACAUCCAGCAGAGGUUCAUGAGGAAAUGCUGUGGCCCCACCGAGGAUAACAAAGCAGAAUCAGCGCCUCCUCCCGAGGCCAUGGUUCCCACAGGGGAGAGGCCAGACAGCUCGAGCUGGUGCCAAGAGGAAAGCUAUGAGCUAACAAGUCUAGAUAAGGCCCCCAGCCCAGAGCAGAGAUCUGCGGAGGUGGGACAGGCGGAGCACAGAUCUGGGGAGUACUCUGUCUUCAGCCACCACCACUGGCUGUUGCUGAAACUUGCUCUCAAGACAGGAAGUGUAUCUAAGAUCAACGCAGCCCUAGGAGGUGGCAGCGCUGGCUGCUCCUGUGCCCCUGUGUCGAGGUCGAGUCAACACUGUGAUCUGCAGAGGAAACCCCUGUUUUCCCAGCAAGACCUCCCAUCCUCUCCUUCUGACCCUUUGACCUUGGAGAAAGGGUCUGAGUACCAGGAGGCUCCAAAAGCAGAGAUGGAAUCACUGGAAACUUCAAGCUAUAUCUCCUUCGCCAGUGAGCUUGGAGACAAUGCAGCAACCCAGAGGCCACCAGCUACACAGGAGGACAGCCCACAGGAGGACAGCCCGAAGAAGGCUGGGACCAAGGCUGACGUUGCAGCCCAGGGGAAGGAGACAGAUGGACCCCUGCAGGGGAAGGAAGGACAGGAGAGCACGACACUGUAUUUCAGUGCCACCAUGGACAGGACUACAUGCCACCAAAAAGGCAGCCCAGUAGCUCUGCGGACAUCCCAGGAGGGGACUUUGGGAGAGAGCAGGCCUGUGCCGCCCGCUUUACCUCAGCCAGUCACUAAGCCCUUUCCUGUUACCAUAGCCGACAUUAGUCCCAUUCCAGCCAGAAAUGCCUGCCCCAGUGCGGGGCUCCCUGGAAGAGCCCCGGAUAGGUCAGACUGUGAGGACUCGAAGGACGCUGCAAAGGGCCUGAGUAUGCAGAGCGCAUUGCCAACCGUGAGGCUGAAAGGCGCUGAAGGGCCCUGCUUCACAUCUACCCCGAAGUCGGAGGCUAUCCGAAGGGACCAAAGCUGCAGGGACAGGGUGAUGCAGGAGAUGACUUUUUUCAUCUGACCCUAGCCAUGGUGGUCAACACAUCAGACUGGCCGCUCAGCAUCAUGGGAAGAGAAAUCCCAUCCAUGAUUGGAAUGAAGGGACAGGAUUGGAUAAUGUCUAACCCCACCCCACCUACGCAUCACACGUGGCACUGAUGCGCGGCAAAACUCAUGGGCAAUGGGGAGAGGCAAAGGGGCUUCCAGGGACCUUUCGGAGCUGCCUGAACCCUAGUGCUCCCUUCUCUGCUUCUAAAACAUAAUACAAAAGUAAAACUCCAGAGUCCAAUUGCAUCCUCAGUCCUUUAUAAUUAACCGUUCCUCGCAUUGGAUGGUUAUUAAUCACUUUUUUAAAAUGCUUUUGGAACUGAAGAGGUGGCCCAGCAGUUAAGGGAAUUGCCUACUCUUCCAGAGGACCCAGGUUCAAUUAAUUCCCACUACGUAUUUGGCAACUCAUGACCACCUGUAACUGAAGUCCUGGGAGAUGACAGUCUCUUCUGGCCUCUGUGAACACUGCACACGUGUGAUUCAUAGUCAUAUAUGCAGGCAAAAUGCCUCUACACCUAAUAUUUUUUAAAAUAAAAACAUGUUUCCCAGAUA